UCUCAUCCGACCUCAACUUGAAUGCGGGCAUCUGAUUGGCUGUUGGGUCUGUGACGUCACGAUAACCAAGUAUAUAUACGGUGCACACUUUUCUUGGACAACUUCAUUCAUUCGAAUACGUAUCGUAGCGAACAGUACAGAAAAUCUUACUCUAACGAAAUGGCUCGAACCAAGCAGACCGCCCGUAAAUCCACUGGAGGAAAAGCCCCCCGAAAGCAGCUGGCAACCAAGGCCGCCCGUAAGAGCGCCCCUGCCACCGGAGGAGUCAAGAAACCUCACCGAUACAGGCCCGGAACAGUCGCCCUCCGAGAGAUCCGUCGUUACCAAAAAUCGACCGAGCUCCUCCUGAGGAAACUCCCCUUCCAGAGACUGGUCCGUGAGAUCGCUCAGGACUUCAAGACCGACCUCCGAUUCCAGAGCACAUCAGUGAUGGCUCUUCAGGAGGCCAGCGAGGCUUACCUCGUUGGACUGUUCGAGGAUACCAACCUUUGCGCCAUCCACGCCAAGCGUGUGACCAUCAUGCCAAAGGACAUCCAGCUCGCUCGCCGUAUCCGCGGAGAGAGGGCAUAAGCUACCUGUCGAACUACACUCGGCACCAGCUAAAAACGGCGUUUAUCAGCGCCACUCCACAUAUCAAUAAAGAAAACACUCCAAUCGUUACUUAGUUUUAUUACACAUAUAUCAUCCACUGGCUGAACAAACAAACUGACACCAUCAGCUCCAUGACCCACUUAAAAUGCAAACAAAGUCACAACUGUGCACUGUGCAGUUAGUC